CAGAGGAGCGUCUCAAGCCUGGUACAGAGAACUCACCACUACUACGCAAGGAUCUACCACUACCACCACCACAGCCUUGCAUUGCAGCCGCGACAAUCAGCAUGGCAAACUUGUCUCUCUCUGAACGUCCAGGUGGUCGAAAGAGAAGAAGUGGCUUCAGAGCGGAGAACACGAUGAUCCCGACACUGGUGAUGCUCUCCUUCAUUCUGGUGGUAAGCGGGGUGGCGGCGACCCACUAUGACUACGAGAACCAAGACAAAUGGGGAGGCUCCUGCAACACCGGGGAAAAGCAGUCGCCCCUCAACUUCCGGACGGUUUUUCCUUCCUCUUUUCCUCCACUCAUCUUUAAGAAUUACGGCCUCAUCAACAUCACUUUAGAAAUCGACGAUCACCAUCUCAAAGCGAAUCUGGUGCCUCUGUCUCCAAACCGGCCUCAUCUUCUUGGUGGCGGCUUGAAUGGCAAGUAUGUGCUUGAUUCAUUUCACUUCCACUGGGGUAAGAACAACGAGGAGGGGUCUGAACACCGCCUGCUGAACUGCAACUUUGCCGGGGAGAUGCACUUCGUUCAUUACAAUCAGAAGUACAGGGAUGUGACAGAGGCCAGUAACAACACUGACGGCUUGGCGGUGCUCGCAGUGUGGUUGGAGGCUGCUGUGGACGACACUGAGGAUGAUGGGGAGUCGCUGCUAGAUGACAACAAUGAUGCUUCAUCAGACAACGAUCAUGCUGCAUCUACAAACUUCUGGCUGCAUAUGCUUGUACCCAACCGUCCCUUCGUGAACCACAUUCCUCGCCAGACAUUCUUGCGGCAUCUUUUCCCUCAGAAUACGCGCAGUUUUUACAAAUACAAAGGGUCGCUAACAACACCCCUGUGCUCGGAGACUGUGGUGUGGACGGUGUUCCGGGAUCCGGUUGUUGCUCCCCGGCGACUACUGUACUUCCUCAGAUCCCUCAGGUCCCCGCCAGGUCACGGGAGACUUAUUUCCAGGAACUUCCGAGACAUACAACAUCAAGGAAACAGGAGGGUUUACUUCAGCGAUAUUUCUGACCGGCACUUCGCGCAGUGCAGCAACGAGGUGCUGAGAAAGUAAGGCGGUGAUCCCUUGCGUCUCGAGGCAGCAGCUCUGAACACGCCACCCACCCAUGACUCGCGCCACUCUUUCUCUUGUUUUUAUUACGAGACUUCAAAACUCUUAUAUAGUGUGUUCGCAAAAGAAUAAAUAACAAAUCCUAGAACACUGUUUAGACCGGACUGUUGGCUUUCUUCUUUCAUCUUGUUUACGUAAAAGAUGUCUCUUUUUCACACUUUUUGGUGUGUUUUUUUCAUAACAUGAGAGAGACCUUGUCAAGUAAAUGUGACAUGAACAACAUUGUGGCUUUGCAGCACAAAACUUCUCUUAUUGAUUUGUGAAACUCUGAAAAU